CCCGCUUAUAAUAUGAUUUGAGUCAAAAUACGUUUGACCGCUACACGAAACAGAGUUCGACUUCUGGGUUUGGUGGUAAAAAUUAAUCAGAGGCAAGAAAAUAAAAGUCGCCUUCCUAUAAGCCAUGUCUAUAGUGGAAGUGAACGUUGCCAAUCACGAGGUCGAGGGACAGGCUUUGAACCAAGUACAAGAGAAUGAAGAAAACAAUUGUCAAAAUGAUAUCGUCACGAAAUUACGAAGUCUUGUUUAUUCAGAUUUCAUCGACAUCAUUUUGAAGGUAAUUGCAAAUUGCAAUUAACUCUCCAAUAUUUUUAUUUGUCAUAACAAUGAACAUUUCAUUUCAUUGACAGUCUAUUAAUUUGUGUGAAGAAAUUAAAUAGAAACAGGAAUAUUAAACUUGAAAGUGCUGGCGGUUGCGCAGUGCUAACAAAAUGAAAGUAAAAUUAAAUAUAACGGUAUAAAACACUACACUAUAACGGUAUAAAACACAAAUCGUGUUCCACAUGCAGCAAAUCAUGUGCUCAUGUGGUAUGCUAGCUAAACAAAUUUCUUGUGUUGGAUCUAUACAUGCCGGCUUGAUCACUUUUAACCAAAUGCUUUUAAUUUAACCAAAGUUUGUUGUAUAAAUUAGAUCGAAAAGGUGUUAUAGUCUCACGUCAUUUUGUCAAGCCCGGAUGAGACGAGGAUGAGAGCGCAUGAGAGUUACCAGUAAUGUGAUCUUGGUUAGCUGUUCUUAAUGCUCUCCCAAUACCAUGGAUUUUAUUUAAGUUAAAACAUAGUUGAAACACUGCAUGAUCAAACCUUUAUUUUGUUAUUAUUUAGCUCACUCCCCAUCGGGGCUUUUCAUGCAGUGACUACAUGAUUACAUAUAAUUAUAAUUAUAAGUUUAUAACUAUAAGUAUUACGUUACUUAUGCCCAGACUAUUUAUCUUUACAACAAUUGUAACAUUACAUUUUCCUAACUAUGUUUAUCCUAACCCACCCUGUCAACUUUCCUUGGGGGGGGGGGGGACCAGAGCGCCCAGGCAAACCCACGACUUAAAUCGGCAGAGCGUUGACAUACUCUUUUCACAAUCCGUAGCGAGAAACGAACUGCCGAUCUCAGAGGCGAAAGACACUUGCUCUGACGACUGCGCCAUCGAAGCCCCCAAGAUCUUGAAAUGUCCCUUGCAUGCAGUAACAAUUCUUGAUUGACUGCAAACUCUCAUUCUUGUUUGAGCGGCAUAGCUUUACUGCAGAGAAGAGCAUGUAGUACAUUAAUGUCUCAAUAGCUAAUUCUAUAAUAAUAUACAUCCAACAUUGUUCGGGAGGGGGGCGGAUAAUUGAUAGGUUAUUGUAUGUAUUCAACUUGCAGCUGCAAGUUGAAUAGUAAAAAGGUCACAGAGGAAUGUCUUAAAAGAGUGUCGCUCACGCUGAUGGUUUUGACUAGGAUUGCCUUUAUAGGACCGAUCUAUAUAUAUAUGUCUUACCAAAUUCUAGAACUGAAAACGAGUGACGUAAUUUUCGCUCGAAGUUGUUGUGUUCAAGAACCAUUUACAGUAGUUCAAUUUUACAUAAAAAUAUAAAUAAAUGUGAUUAUAUUCAGUGUGUACAAGACGUUAUCCCUGUGGUGUAAAGCACUAACUUAAGACUGACCAAGGAUGGUCUGCAUAUAGUCUAUUAUCCCAAGACCAAUUUCCAUAACAACAUGGUUAAAAUUCACGUCUCUGCAUGAUAUCAAUUCUCUGCGGAAUUUUCGAUUUUUACUUUUAUAUAGAAAGGUCCAAUUUGCAUGCAUGCAGAGUUCGAGACUUGGGAUAUCUAUAGUGUACAUGCAUACACAUCAUAUAACAGGCCUUGGUUAGGUACUUCUCAGGUACUGAGGUGCAUGUCAGGCCUUAUAUAGCCUAUAUUCUUAGACAUAUCAUUCUUAGACAUAUAUAUAUUCUUAGACAUAUAUUCUUAGAUAUUCUUAGACAUAUAUAUAUUCUUAGACAUAUAUAGAUAUUCUUAGACAUGCAUAUAUUCUUAGACAGGUAUUCUUAGACAGGUAUUCUUAGUUUAUUAUAACAUUUAUAUAGAUUAUAAUGAUUUAUUUUAGGUGUUGUUCGUCUUGCUCUCUAUCCCUUGGCUCAUUUCAGUUAUCUUUUUCUCCAUAUUCGACACAAAAUGCAUCGUGUUUGAGCAAGCUUCAGUGAUCAAUUGCAGUCAAAAUUUCUUUAUCUCGAAUCCCAGACGCUGGGUUUCUGCUUGGCUCUUCAUGUCUAUCAUUUCUUCCUUGCUCCUUAUCCUUAUCAUUCGCAUGAAUCACAAGAAGUUAAACUACCAACGCAAGAAAGCGAAAAAGAUCUACAAAAAAGGAUCGUUUUUUUCCUUGAUUUUCCUACUCGUCGUUUCCUCAGUUUAUUACAUUGUUCGGAUCUUUGGCAUGCGAUCUGAAACAACCAGCUUGUUCAUAUCAAUCCUUGUCUUUCUAUGGCCUCCCGUGACUGUUCUGCUUGUCUGUUGUUUAAACUAUCUACCUCGUGUACGUUGGCAAAAGAUAGAUUUGCCACAUUACUCUCUCGUAUGGUGUAAGAGAUGCCUCAACAACAACUCCAAUUUUAUCAUCUACUGGCUUGCUCUUUCUAUUUACUUGGUGGAAAUAACAUGCAAACUGACCGCCAUCAUGCUUGAUGUGGCUCAUGACGUCGCACCUCUUAUCCAAAACAGGUUUCCAGACGAAUCUGGGAAAUACUGGGGAGGUAUGGUUAUAGUGAUUGGUUUCAGAAUGGCAUUUCACGCACGCUUGCUUUCGUUCUUCUGGCAAAAGCUUUUCCAUGGAGAGAAAGAUCUGUUCUCGGAACCAAGUGCAAAACUGGUAGACGAACCACUCUCACAAGACGAAGUUGAAGCACAACCGGGAGAGAACGUUAGAUUGGAGGAAAUUAUUUUUUCAUAAAAUAACAGACUGUGUUAGGUAGCAAUGCACCAAUUUUAGCGAACAAUAGCUAUCUAUAAUAACGUUAUAUAUAUAUUAUAUAGCUUAGAUGGAACUGCAUGCAGAGACGUUUGGUCGAAUGCAUAAAACGUAUAUAAGCAUUUUCUGUUUUUGUAGUCAGGUGGUAAUUACCACUUCAGACAUUUAGUGGCAAACUGGAAAAUAAAAGGAUAAAGUGAAAAGUAAUAAGACAGUACUAUAGAGAGGUUAAGAUACCCCGGUUUCGGUGUACGUGUACGGGUAGCAUGAUUUUGGUUAGCAAUAUUUUCGUCGAUGUCUGUACCUUUACUCGUAAUUAAGGUGCACAUUUUUCGCAUUAUAUCAUUGUCUAUUGCAAAAAACCCAGAAAAAGUAUGAUUGAAUUACAGACAUCAGUAAUACAAGAUGACACUACUCGUACCCGUACACCGAAACCGGGGUAUCUUAACCUCUCUACUAUUUAAAAGACGCGUAGGAGUAUUUUAUCACAUUUAAAAUGCGAGUGCACAGCACGAGCAUUUUAGAUAUGAUAAAACACGACUAUAAGUGUUUUGAAUAGCUACAAACACGACUACAAUAGAUGCCGUCUCAUUGGUAUUCUUUAUAUGAAAAAUAAUAAUUAGGAUGGACUUUUAUAUAAAGAAUAUACUAAUGAAGAUGAGUUUUAUCAGGUAUAAAGCCUUUUCACGUGACAUAUUAUGGUUGACAUGAUAUGCCAAUAAGCUUAUUAAUUAUUAAUCUUUAAUAAGUGUUUGAAGUGAAAUUCAACACUUGAUUUUUGAAAAACAGACUUUUCCUUCGAAAGUUGAACCUUUUUCUAUUCCAUUUCUUUUCCAACCUUUCCAGAUUGUUUCUAGUGACAAUGAAGUUUCUUAUAUAUUCGCUUGAUGAUUGAAAAGUAAUUUUAGAAAACCAAGUGUUUAAUGGAUUGGUGCACUGGAUUCGGUCUUAUAUAUAUAUUCAUGUAUAUUAUUAUUCUACUAAUGAAACUUUGUAACUUUUGUAAUUUUAUACAUUUUCUACUAAAUUGUUGUUGGUGCAUGCUAUUAAAUCUAAAAUUGAAUUGGACUGAAAAUUGAAAUUGAAUUAUCACCUGUCCAUAAUUAACACUUGUUAUGGGUGCAUGCAUAUAUUGGCC